AUGGCGGCCGCACGACCACCCCUCGACGUGCGACUUCAAAUAGUGAAGCAGGAGUCUGUCACGCACGACGUGUCAUUCGUGAAUGGGCAGACCAAGGUGGUGCAUUCGUGCAUCAAGGGCUCACCCUUCAAGCUUGAGCUGGCCCUGGUCGGUAAUUUCGACCGUAGCAUCAUCAACUUCAAUCGAUUCGUGAUCACUGCGGUGCUGCUGUACGACUACGCCGACGGCGGUCGAGGCGUCGAGGAGCGCCAGGUGAGCUUCGUCAAGACGCGCCCGCUCGAGGUGCUCGAGUACAGCGUCAACGAUGCCGGCGACCGCCUCACGCUCGUCGUAGUGCUACACGUCCUCUCCUCCCAGCACGAGCACAGCCUCUUCCUCAUCAAGAUCGCCAACGCCGAUCUCGGCCUCGUAGCCGUCUCCCAGCCCAUCCGCGUCGUGAGCAAGGAGCUCCAGCUCAAGGGCAAGGCCAAGCCGCGCCAGGCCACCUCCAGCGGCGCCGCCUCCUCCGCCGCCUCCCGCCGCCCGCUCACCGAGGAGGUCGUCCAGUACCUGCAGCGCAUCGAGGCCCAGUCGGAGACCCACCACCAGCUGCUCCUCUCCAUCCUUCAGCGCCUGGCCGCCGCCGACGGAGGAGGAGGAGGCAUGCAGCCGCAGCCCCAGCAGCAGCAGAGGACCUUUAGCGGAGAGGGCGUACCAGGCGAGCCGGCGGCCAAGCGGCAGAAGCGAGACUUCGCGAAGGACUUUGGCGCCGCCGCCGCCAAGAGCGAGGGCACGCACAACAACAACGCGGCGGAGGGAUCGGCACCAUCGUUCGAGGAGAGCUUCGCAACGUUGGUCCGCUCGUUUGGCGCCCUGCCGCGCGAGCAGCGUACGGAGACAGUGCGCCGCACGGUGCGCGGGUGCCCCGACCGCGAGACGAUGAACGACCUGCUGGGCCACCUCGCCGCCGCGGGCAUGAUGGGCAGCUUCGGCCUGGCCACCACCAACGGCGGCCUGCCUUCUUCUGCGUCGUACGACGCCACGCCACUCCCGCUGCCCUCGUCGAUGCGCCACAUCAAGCCCGAGCCGUCGUCGUCGUCGUCAUCGGAGCUCGCCGAUCAGGUGGUCGACCUGGGUCUGCCGGCGCCGGGCGCGGGCUCGUUCGGCUCGGCCUCGACCCCUCGCCUGCCGUCGCUGCCCUACCUCACCGGCUACGAGGGCAUGCCCAUGCCGUUGGGCCAGAUGAUCCAGCUCCAACCACCGUCUCUUCAAGGAGGAAUGCCAGCGCAGCAACAGCAGCAAGGAGGAGCGGCGGACGAGGGCGAGAGGAAGAGCGGACAGUUCUCGCAGUCGGACAUCGACACCAACAAGCUCUACAACGAGAUCUUCGCCUCGUGGCCCUACGACAACCUCAACAACAGCACCAACGGCCUCAACAACACCAGCCUCUCCCAGUCCCAGUCCCAGUCCCAGUCACUCUAG